AUGUCUACAGACGGCUAUAGGAACAUCAUCCUCAUCGGCGGAAGCGGCUCUCUAGGCAGCGUCCUCCUCCAGUCCCUCCUCUCUGAGCCCAAGUUCAACGUGACCGUGCUCACACGAGAGUCAUCCAAAGCGCGCUCCAGCAUUCCCUCAACGGCCAAGGUCAUCACCGUCCCUGACUCCUAUCCCCAGGAGGAACUUGUCAAAGCGUUCGUGGGCCAGGAUGCUGUGGUGAACGCCAUUACGAGCUUCUCCGUGGCCGAGCAGCUACGCUUCAUCGAUGCCGCUAUCAAAGCUGGUGUCAAGCGCUACGUCCCGUCCGAGUAUGGCCUCGAUAACAACACCCCCAAGGCGCAGGAACUAGCUCCCGUCUUCAAGGAAAAGGGUCUUGUGCAGGAGUAUCUCCGGGGAAAGGAAUCGAGUGGGUUGACUUGGACGGCUAUUGCUUGUGGAAUGUGGAUUGGAUGGUCCCUUCGCAACAACUUCCUCGGAUUCAACUAUGCAAACCGCACCGUGACCUUCACCAACGACGGAACCGGAUAUUUCUCCACCACUACGCUAAACAACACCGCGUUGGCUCUGAACCGCAUCCUCCUUAACCCCAGCACCACGGCCAACCAGAUCGUUUUUACCAGCGACUUCGCGACCAACCAGAAGGAACUCGUUGAGACGAUCGAGCGUCUCACAGGUGACAAAUGGCAGCGAAAGUCCAUCGACACGAAGGAGGUCAUUCCGUCCCUCAAGUCGGCGUGGGAGAAUGGCGAAGCGCUCGCGGGUUACGGAUUGAUUAAUAUUGGGUUCACCGAGGGCUCGUACAGUGGAUACUUUGAGCCUACCCGCCAGAUCCGCAACAAGGAGCUUGGACUUCCCGAUAAGACGAUCGAUGAGGUCGUGAAGGAGGCUUUGGGAGAGGUCGGACAUGCGGGUUUCUAA